AUGUCAGUCGACAAUGACAAUAUCAACUACGAAUCGCUACCUGAGGAUUCCUCCUUAUAUGCACAGUUGUUGGCAGGUGCAUUUGCAGGUAUAAUGGAACAUUCCGUCAUGUUUCCUAUUGAUGCUCUCAAGACACGAAUACAAGCAAAUCAUAUGUCAACGAAACUAUUAUCACAAAUUUCUAAAAUUUCAGCAUCUGAAGGCUCUUUUGCUCUUUGGAAAGGUGUACAGUCAGUCAUAUUGGGUGCUGGUCCUGCUCACGCCGUGUAUUUCGGAACUUAUGAGUUUUGUAAAGCUCAUCUAAUUGAAAAGGAUAAACUACAUACUCAUCAACCAGUCAAAACAGCCAUUAGUGGGGCCAUGGCAACUAUAGCAUCUGACGCAUUAUUAAACCCUUUUGAUACUAUAAAACAAAGAAUGCAGUUGGCUACACGUUCCAAAAUUUGGAACACAAUGAAAUCUAUUUAUAAAAAUGAAGGAUUUAUAGCUUUCUAUUAUUCAUAUCCAGCUACUAUAGCAAUGAACAUUCCAUUUACAGCAUUGAAUUUUGUCGUAUACGAAUCAUCAAUAAAAUUAUUCAACCCAACAGAAUCUUACAACCCUUUGAUUCAUUGUCUCAGUGGUGGUAUAAGUGGUGCAUUAGCUGCCGCAACAACAACCCCUCUAGACGUCAUCAAGACCACUUUACAAGUUAGAGGUAGUGAAAAGGUACAGUUACAAGUUUUAAGGAAAGCUGACACUUUCAACAAAGCUGCUGUGGCAAUAUAUAAAAUAUAUGGAUGGAAAGGUUUCUUGAAGGGCCUGAAACCAAGAGUCAUUGCUAGCAUUCCCGCAACGGCAAUUUCUUGGACGUCUUACGAAUGUGCCAAACAUUUCUUAUUACCACGUCAUAAUGGAUAUUAA